GUGCUAGUGAGUGUCAGAGCUCAGAUUACUCUGCAGCAGAAGAGCAGCAACAGGGCACAAACAUGAAGGAGAGGAGUGGAGUUUGUCUGGCGUGGAAAGUACUGCUGCUGGUGGGGUUGUGUGCACUGCUGCUGCUGAGCUCAGGAGCUUUGGUGUUCCUGCUGGUUCGACAGAAGGAGCUGACGGAGGAGCUGGUGCGGCUGGAGGCUCAGAUGCAGGAGCUGUCCCAGAGCUGCAGGCUGCAGGCGGGAGUCCUGAACCAAGACCCUGCAGAGACCAGAGAGCUGAGGAAGCUCCAACGCAGCAGACGACACCAGGAGGAGGAUCUGACCCAAGAGCAGAAGGACAUGAUGAUGAUGAUGGCAUACUCCAUGGUUCCUGUCAAAGCCCUCAUGGAUCUGUGUAACGGCUCCAGAGGAGUCUGUUUAACAGGUCCACCUGGCCCAAAAGGUUUGCCAGGCAGAGCGGGGUCAGCAGGACAGCAGGGAGUGCCGGGGCUGGAGGGGAGACGAGGGAGGAGAGGACGUCCAGGCGAAAAAGGAGAAUGCAGAACCAAAGGAGACCCUGGGCUCCCCCGACCUAAAGGAGAGACCUGCAAUGGCAUUCUCGUUGAAGGUCCUCCUGGUCCGAGGGGCCCAGCCGGACCACCCGGUCCCCCCUGUCCUGCUCGGUACUGUAAUAAUGAAGUGAGAAACAACACCAUCGAAGAACACAUCCAUCAAAACAACAUGUUGACGGACUCAUCUCCUUCUUUGGCGGAUAAAGAAAACAGCAGCUCAACAAUAAACAACACUGAACCACCAACACCACACGCAGCCAAUGAGAGCCAAGACGUAUUGAAUGUUACUGCCUUUAAAGAAACUCUCAACACAAGUAAAGAGUCUGAGUCAGUAUCAAGUCAUCCUGAGUAUGGCCACGACACCUUGAACAAGACCAACUCAGAGAAUGUCACAGAAGCAUCAAUCAGAUUAUUAACAGCCCCACUUUCUCAAGACCAAAACAGUGGCGCCUUCAAUGGCAGUGGAAACAUUAAGGACAUCCCAAUGAAAAGUGUGUCACCGCGUCCAGCCUACAGACAUGACACGUGGACUGAAAACAGCACAGGAAAUGUUACAGAGGCAUCAAUAAAGUUAUUAGCAGUCUUACCAACGCAACAUCGAGCUCAUGAAGCCGCAGAUGAUAUUAAUGUUACUGGCACUGAGAUACUUCGAGAUACAGAUUCUGCUCCACUUCCUGAAGACCAAAACAGCGAUUCCUUCAAUAACAGUGGAGCCAUUACUGAUGCAUCCAUUAAAAGUGACUCUUCAUUAUCACCCCAAAACAACAACAACAACAACAACAACAACCAGAAAUUAACUAGCGUUGAGAGAUGGAUUAACUGGAUGUUCCAGGUUACUGAAUCACCAACUCCACAUCCAACAACCAACAGAGAUGUUUCUGACUCUGAGAAACUCCAAAACAUAAAAGUGGAAACUGAGUCAGUAUCACUUAACCAGGAUGGUGGUAAUGGCACAUUGAACAAUACCAAUAGAGAACAGGCUACAGAGGCAACAAUAACAAUAUUAAGAGCUCCACUUUCUGCAGACCAACACAGUGAUGCUAACAGGGGAACCAUUAUUGAUAAACCCAUGAGAAGUGAAUCACCUACUACUCCACAUUCAACUGACAACAACAGAGAUGUUUCUGACUCUGAGGAACAUCAAGACAUAAAAGUGGAAACUGAGUCAGUAUCACUGUAUCCAGGAAACGGUCAUGGCGCACUGAAGGAUAUCAAGAGUGAACAUGCUACAGAGGCAACAUUGACAUUAGUAACAGCUCCGGAUUCUGCAGAACAAAGCAAUGAUGCCUUUAAUAACAUGGGAACCAUUAUUGAUAAACCCAUAAGAAGUGAAUCGCCUACUACUCCACAUUCAACUGACAACAACAGAGGUGUUUCUGACUCUGAGGAACAUCAAGACAUAAAAGUGGAAACUGAGUCAGUAUCACUGUAUCCAGGAAACGGUCAUGGCGCACUGAAGGAUAUCAAGAGCGAACAUGCUACAGAGGCAACAUUGACAUUAGUAACAGCUCCGGAUUCUGCAGAACAAAGCAAUGAUGCCUUUAAACACAGUGGAACCAUUAUUGAUAAACCCAUGAAAGGUGAAUCACCAACACCAUAUUCAACUGAGAUCUACAGAGAUGUUUCUCACUCUGAGAAACAUCAAGACACAACCUUUGAAGCUGAGUCUGUAUUGCUUCCUCAAAACGACAGCCACGACAUAUCGAAGGACACCGAAAGGGUCAAUGCUACAGAGGCGACAAUAACAGCUCCACUGUCUGCGGACCAAAACAGUGAUGCACUCAAUAAUGCUACAGAGCCAUCAUUGAAAGCCUCACUAUCUGUAGACCUGGAGAGGGUCAACAACACUGGAAACAUUAAUGAUACACCCAUGGAAAGGGACUCAUCAUAUCCACUCCAGACUAUUAACAGGAUCAAUGUGAAAAAAAAUGAACGAUUGACAAAAACUGAGUGCAACAUUAGAAACAUUAAAUGUUCAGAGAAAGCCACCAAAAUGCAAAGCACUUUUGGAGCCUGGAUGUCCGAUGCAUCCCAGGUUGAUCAAGAUCGAUACUGGCUGGCCUAUCAUUUUUCAGGUCGACAUCUGGUGGAGCACAGGAACAUUUCAUCAUCACCGAAUACAACAACCAAGACAAUAGAUGCCAAUGGGUUCUUCCAGGGCUGUGGUCAUGUCGUUUACAAGAGCUCAUUUUAUUUUCACAAAGGAGGAUCAAACAGACUUAUAAAAUUUGACCUGAACACCAGGAGAACCAAAACUCUGACCAUGGCAAACAGCAGAUAUAACAACCUGAACUAUCUUUCCCGCAACUCAAAGACGUAUUUCAAGUUUGCCGUGGAUGAAAACGGACUGUGGGUCAUUUUUGCUGCGGAUAAAGAAGAUGAUACAAUGGUUGCAAAGUUAAAUCCUGACACAUUCUCCGUGGAGUCUGUCAUUAACACUCACUACCCUACAACUAAAGCAGGCAAUACUUUCAUUGUAUGUGGGGUGCUAUAUUUUACAGAUGAUAAAGACAGAAGAGUCACAUAUGCCUUUGAUUUGAUGAAAGAGAGUCCUCUGGAUGCAAGUUUUGAUUUGAGGCCAGCUAAUGGCACCCUAGCUAUGCUGUCUUAUUACCCGAAAAAAAAAGUUCUGUACAUGUGGGACAACAGCAGUGUAAAGAUCUGCAAGGUCAAACUCAAAUACACCUAAGAAUUACCACAAGCCUUGUAAGUAAUAAAGUUAUUUUUCAACUCCCAUUCAGUUGAAAUUAAUUUAUUGACCACAAUGCUUGAUUUACUGUAAGCAGCAUGAAGGGUGAAGGGUAAUUUGUAAAUGUUUUAUUAACCUCUUCUACACAGCACCCCCGAUACCGGGGGGAAAACGCGUUAUCUGCAGGAAACAGCGUCUGAGGGCAUCUUAAUAUUCAAUAAACUAUGAAUGUUUUAUAUCCAUGUAACGGGAAGAAACUCAGCUAACUGAUCUUUUUUUUUUUUUUUUUUCAAAAAAACCCACAAAGCUAGCGCCGAACCUCUGAAUUAGCUACGAGCGAAACAAUCUUAAGGCCAUUACCACAGAACUCUAGCUACACUGAUCGAUACCGUGUUUUGCUACCUAAAGCUACUUGUGUGUUGUCUGUAUUUGCUUCCUGUCACGAGUUCAGAUCGCUCAGUGAUCGUCCUUAUAUUUCUAUAAUCUGUGGACUCUCAGGAUUUAAGCUUGUUUGUGCAGAUUCAAUAAGCAUAUCGAUCAGUGUAGCUAGAGUUCUGUGGUAAUGGCCUUAAGAUUGUUUCGCUCGUAGCUAAUUCAGAGGUUCGGCGCUAGCUUUGUGGGUUUUUUUGAA